AGGGACAGACGCAUCAAUUUAAUCAAACCACAUAAUGCUGCAUUACUGCUUGGUCCAUAUGGCGUAUCAUUUAAGCCGGUGGUUGCCAAAACAUCAGAGGCUGAAAUUUCAAAUCAUAACUGCGAUUUUUGUGAUGCUUGUCCUUGCCCCUCAGUUGUAUGUUCUAACAAGGCCUAAAUCUUCCCGAUACUGCCAACAGCCUCUUCUGAACAACCUUGCAUGCUUCAUCAUGCUAUCUCUUGUGGCUACAGGCUUUGCAGUGGUGUUUACACUACUGGACCCAGUCCCUCAAGCCUUCAAAGCAGCCUUCCACGUGUUUGGAGUGGUGUCGUUUGCCGAGGGCCUCUGCACCACUGUUUUAACCGCCACAGCAACUACCUGCGCAAAAACUACUCCUGAGCUGUACUACAUGUCCUACCUGCUAACCUGGGCGUGUGUCCUGACUACAGCAUUCUUCCUGGUGAUGGGAGGGUUCUGGGUAUCUAACACACUGCAUCCUGGCUGGGCCCUGGACAGGUACUCCCAGAGUGGGGUGUGUUAUGAACCAGUCCACAGCUGGUCCUGCCUAUGGCAUGUCUGACUACACAGCAGAACCACGGCGACAUCUAUAAUGCAUUCCGGUUCCAUAGCAAUGCCUCAACAACUGAAAGCUGGAGAGUUCUGCAUGGUUACAUGCAAUAUCCAAUUACUGAAAGGCUCUGAAGACAAUGUGGAAGCUGUACAGAAGCCCAAACCAAACAUCAAAAUUGGAAGUGGAAGUAGAAGUCCCAGAGGGCCACAGUAUUGCACAUUUUUGCUUAUACCAACUACCCUAAUUUAGUUGGCUAAUAAAUUCUAUAUGCCAAUGCCAGUUCAGUCAUAGAUUAGACCACAGUAAAACAUUCCAUAGAAGGGAAGCAAAACGGUUAUCAGUUGUCAUUCAUGAGCUAAAAAAUAAACUUAGCUAAAAAUGUCAGAUGUCAGCCUAUAAAAGGCGAAUUAAAUACUGAAGAGCACAAAUUAAAUCCAGAAACAGACACAGUUCGCAUUGCUCACUGCUGAAUUAGGCUAAGAGGGUUUUAAUAACUGAACGUAAAUCAUGUUUGGAAUCUUAAAUAAUAAGAUUUGCGUUUAGUAGACAAAUUAUCAUAAAACAACGUACGUGCCUCCAGGAAAUGGCAAGGAAUGACUUCGGUUUCAAUCUGACAAGUUAGUUAGCUAAUGCAACGAGUUAUAAGCUAGCUAUAUUAUCACAUUUCCAAUACAAAAACAUAUGCACUCUCUGUUCACUGCCGCAACCUGUAGUAACCUAGAGAGGUAUUCAAAAUACAAUGUAAUACUCCGAAAUUUGACAGCUUUUCAAGCUACGUUAACUAUUUGAGUCGGAUGAACCACCUCAUUAAGAAAUUCAAUGAGCUAGCUAGCUAGCCAGCUAAUUCUUUUGAUUGCCCAUGUUCCCAACUCACUGUCUAGCAAGACACCCACCUAUCACAACAGAUUGCAAUCAAUUCAGCGUAAACCUUGCAAGCCACAUUUACGCAAGCUUUGUACGAACUAGCAGCAUUAUUGAGAAUUUACUUACAUUGCUAAUACAUGUGUGAUUUGCAAGAAUCGGUUUUACGAUAACUCAUGCCAAAGUUUUCCUCUGACACGCUAACAAUAAGAGGACCACAAUAAGGAAGUGUUUGCUGCAAUUAGCAAGGCGGGAAUAUUCCAAAAUAAAAGACAGGAUUUAUACUUUUUCGUAAUUGUCUCGUUGCAGUAAACUACAAUGAACGGUAUUAUACUUCUGAUAUAAUAUUAUUUUGUGUUGAACACGAUUUCAGGCCUUCGUAAAAACAUCUAAUCACUUUAGUCAACCAUUUUUGUAAUCAGAGUUAGUCUCUGAAACUUGACAAGAAUAUACUUUUAGUUUGGUAUAAGCUUUCAGAUAAAUACCGGAAGUCUAAAACGGGAAGUCUUCAUGUGUACUCUCUGUGGUACGUCGAGAGGGUGUUACCUGGAGGCGUAACACUUGAUUUUUGGUUUCUUAUUUAUUUAUUUAUUUAUUUUUGGUUCUGAGGUUACUCACACGUUGGUCUGUCACAGUCGAAACGGGUUUUGGGAAUUUUAAUGCGAAAUGCGUGAAGUUGCUGCUUUAUUACUCUAGAUUGAACUGACAGUGGUGCGUUUAGCACGUGACACAAGCAAUAAACCGAAGACUGGCAAAUCAAAGUAUAUAAACUAUAUACUAUAAGGCAUAACUAUGUUAUUUUGUCGAUGCGGUGUGACGUGUGUUAUGUGCACUGGCUCGUGGAAUAGCACUGACUGAUAUCCACGGCAACGUGCAAUACAGGACAAAAAAGAUGGGCACGUACUAUCAAACAACAUACAGCAUUCAAAUAAAGAGUUUUGAUAUGA